GAUGGCGCCACAAUCGUUAAAUCCACCUUCGCACCUGUCACAGAAGAGCUUCACAUAACCGGCAAUCAUGGAGUCCAAGUACGACCGCGUCGCCUAUCCAGAAAACGUCUACCUCCACUCAGAUGGAGAAAUGGAAGAUUUCGGAACUGGAGUGUAUCCAGUAUCCGUCAUUUCAAGAAAACCAUUUCAUGACGACUCGAUCAACUUCGGUUGUUUUAAAGUGCGACGCAAAUUCUCAACACUGUUGAUAAUCAUGGCCGUAAUUCUACUUUUACUGGUGAUUACUAUAAGUAUUGGUAUACAUGCCGCCGUGACACAUCAGGCGCUGGAAGAAAAUACGUCCCCCGUGUGUAGCAGCGGCACAAAUCCCAAUGGAAAGGACUACGGUCUGUUGGUACAGCCUAUGAUUGAAGAUGCAGGAUCAGCGAUCUGUUUUGAGCCAAGCAACUCGGACACAUAUCUGAAAUAUCUAAACAAGUUAGAUUUCUACACACAUGAUUACAGUGCAAUUCCCCAAACCGGAGACGACCAUGUGGACUGUACUAAUGCUACUGCACCAGAAGGCAAGAAAUGUCUGUUUGAUAUCCACAAGUUUGGGAGCCUAUGUACACACGGAAAGGAUUAUGGGUACAAACAAGGCCGACCAUGUGUACUGUUGACACUGAAAAUGCCAAAGGACAUAGUUCCAGAAGUGUUUGGGAAAGAUGAUGUUGUGACGAAGACUCACCUCCAGAAUGGUGUAUGGAGUCCAGACCAUGUUGCUAUCACUUGUGAUGGAGCGACACCAGAGGAUAAAAAGCACAUUGGCAACACACCCUAUACAGGCCCAAACAACUUAACAGAGGGUUCAUUUUACAUCAGUCCCAAGGAGGGUUUCCCUCUCAACUUCUACAAGGGAGGUAACACUGUAUUACCAGGAGUCAUGGUCGGAUUCAACAACCUGAUGAUCACCAAAAAUACUUACAUCACCAUCAAGUGUGUGGCCUGGGCUAAAAACUUCAACAGUGGUGAUCCUGCCAACUCCAUUGCAUACACAACAACAUUCAAGUUCCAACUGAGCUGAGACCGUGUCUCUAUCAACAGUCUAUACCAACAGCCUUGUGCGAGUUCCUGUCCUGACAGGUCUCUCUAUAGGUUACUCAGUUCUUCACCAGUUUGGGAUCCUUGUUUGUUCGAUUGUUUAUAAUUAUCAGGAGAAACAUGGCCCCAGAUUUUUCUUCAUGAUUAUAAUUGAACUUUUACCUGUUUACAGUGAGCCAGAAUAAGUCGUCAGAUCACUGUUAAAUUCCAGAGGUUCAGAAGUCUGGUCACUGUUUACAGAGGUCCAUAAGUCUGGUCACUGUUUACAGGGGUCCACAAGUCUGGUCACUGUUAAAUUCCAGAGGUUCAGAAUAGGUUAGAUCACUUGUCAGAAACUCAAAAUAAGUCUGAUCACUGUUUACGGAGGUCCAGAAUGGGUCUUGUUAUUGUUUACUGAGCCCCAGACCAGAUUUGAUCUUUGUGACAGAUUUUGAAUCUCUUUUGCCUCUCUAUGUUUUAAUAACUUACUUCUAGGGAUUUGAAUGCUUUGCAAGUAUCAGAUAAUAUCAAACAUUUCAAAGUUUUAAUCUUGAUACAAGAACGUUGAUGAGUACAGAAUAAUAUCCAUUCUAACAAGUUAUUCAAAUCCCAAUCGACUAGUACAUCUAAAUGGUCAAGAUACCAGAUCAGGCAGAUGUUCUGUCCUAGUAGAACUGGGCGUUAGAGAGACCAGAUAUUCUGUCCUAAUAGGAUUGUGUUAGAGACACCAGAUAUUCUGUCCUAGCAGAACUGAGUGUUAAGAGACACCCGCUAUUCUGUCCUAUUAGGACUUAGUGUUAGAGGCACCAGAUAUUCUGUCCUAGCAGAACUGGGCAUUAGAGACACCAGAUGUUCUGUCCUAGUAGAACUGAGGCACCAUAUAUUCUGUCCUAGCAGAACUGAGUGUUAAGAGACACCAGAUAUUCUGUCCUAGUAUAACUGGGUGUUAGAGACACCAGAUAUUCUGUCCUAGUAUAACUGGGUGUUAAGAGACACCAGAUGUUCUGUCCUAGUAGAACUGGGCGUUAGAGACACCAGAUAUUCUGUCCUAGCAGAACUGGGCAUUAGAGACAUCAGAUGUUCUGUCCUAGUAUAACUUGGUGUUAAGAGACACCAGAUAUUCUGUCCUAGUAGAACUGGGUGUUAAGAGACACCAUAUGUUCUGUCCUAGUAGGACUGGGCGUUAGAGACAUCAGAUGUUCUGUCCUAGUAUAACUUGGUGUUAAGAGACACCAGAUAUUCUGUCCUAGUAGAACUGGGCGUUAGAGACAUCAGAUGUUCUGUCCUAGUAGGACUGGAUGUAGAGACAUCAGAUAUUCUGUCCUAGUAUAACUGGAUGUUAGAGACACCAGAUAUUCUGUCCUAGUAGGACUGAGUAAAGAGACACCAGAUAUUCUGUCCUAGUAUAACUGGGUGUUAAGAGACACCAGAUGUUCUGUCCUAGUAGAACUGGGCGUUAGAGACACCAGAUAUUCUGUCCUAGCAGAACUGGGCAUUAGAGACAUCAGAUGUUCUGUCCUAGUAUAACUUGGUGUUAAGAGACACCAGAUAUUCUGUCCUAGUAGAACUGGGUGUUAAGAGACACCAUAUGUUCUGUCCUAGUAGGACUGGGCGUUAGAGACAUCAGAUGUUCUGUCCUAGUAGGACUGGAUGUAGAGACAUCAGAUAUUCUGUCCUAGUAUAACUGGAUGUUAGAGACACCAGAUAUUCUGUCCUAGUAGGACUGAGUAAAGAGACACCAGAUGUUCUGUCCUAGUAUAACUGGGUGUUAAGAGACACCAGAUAUUCUGUCCUAGUAUAACUGGAUGUUAGAGACACCAGAUAUUCUGUCCUAGUAUAACUGGGUGUUAGAGACACCAGAUGUUCUGUCCUAGUAUAACUGGAUGUUAGAGACACCAGAUGUUCUGUCCUAGUAGGACUGGGCGUUAGAGACAUCAGAUGUUCUGUCCUAGUAGGACUGGAUGUAGAGA